AUGGGUACGUGUAAUUUAAGGCGUGGUAUAUCGCCACUCCAAUCAGAACUUGAGACGUUGGUAUGGGCUAUGCAAUGUACGUUACGACAUAACAAGUUAACGGUGGUGUUCGAAACGGACUGUUCCGAUGUGGUGAAGAUGUUGUCUACGCCUGAGGAGUGGCCAGCUUCCGCAACAAAACUAGAUGAGUUUUGCAGAUGUAAAAUGGGGCUCACCCCCUUUUCCAUUGUGCAUAUUUCACAGACGAACAACACAAAGGCAGACAAGUUAGCACUCCGUGCUAACUAUAUCUACUAG